CUCAAUAUUCAUAGAGCAAGCAGUUGCCUGCCUCUGUCAAUCAAUCGGAGCCUCCAAAAGCCCUUACUCUCCCCGCCGGUGCCCGCAAAAUCUAGUUACAGUCAGAAGAACAGCCGCCGUCAGGCUUCUCCGUUUCUCCUCAUUACCUAUCUGUAGAACAGAUCGAAUUCCCACCGGCGUUCACAACAUGUUUCUCACCAGGACCGAGUAUGACCGAGGAGUGAACACCUUCUCUCCCGAAGGCCGCCUCUUUCAGGUCGAAUACGCUAUCGAAGCCAUCAAGCUUGGUUCUACUGCGAUUGGGCUGAAGACAAAGGAAGGGGUUGUGCUUGCAGUUGAGAAGCGUAUCACUUCACCCCUCCUGGUUUGGUCCUUCUUAGGCUUCUGUGCUAAUUUUGCUCUGAAAAGCAAUGAAAGCCUAACGGAACUCCAGAAGCCUAGGGACGACUCGCUUCCAUUUCUUGAUGUGCUUUUGUGUACCUAAAAUUAGCUUCUCUUUGUGUGUGGAGAAACAAAAUUUAUAUUUUCUCAUUGACUUUCUCAGGAGCCCAGCAGUGUGGAGAAAGUCAUGGAGAUCGAUGAGCAUAUCGGAUGUGCUAUGAGUGGAUUAAUUGCAGAUGCCCGUACUCUUGUUGAGCAUGCUCGUGUUGAAACUCAAAAUCAUAGAUUUUCAUACGGUGAGCCAAUGACUGUGGAGUCUACUACACAAGCCCUUUGUGAUCUGGCCCUGAGAUUUGGUGAAGGUGAUGAAGAGUCUAUGUUGCAGUCUCGCCCUUUCGGGGUAUCGCUUCUCAUUGCUGGUCAUGAUGAGAAUGGUCCCAGCUUGUACUACACAGAUCCAUCGGGCACAUUUUGGCAGUGCAAUGCGAAGGCUAUUGGUUCAGGUUCUGAAGGUGCAGAUAGCUCUCUGCAGGAGCAGUAUAACAAGGAACUCACUCUUCAGGAAGCUGAAACAAUAGCACUUUCCAUUCUAAAGCAAGUUAUGGAGGAAAAGGUAACACCCAACAACGUGGACAUUGCCAAAGUGGCUCCGACAUACCAUUUGUACACCCCUUCUGAGGUGGAGGCCGUCAUCAGUCGCCUAUGAUGAGAUACUAUGACCACAUAUUUCCUCCAUAGACAUGAUAUGUAUCACUAGUUUUUGUCUUCUGUCAACUGUUUGUCGUUUCACCUGAGGGCUUGAGGAUAUCGAACCAUGACAAUGACUGCUUUGCUACUUUGAGCAAUUUUAGUCCAUGCCUGCCAGGAUAUCUGAUGUUUCAGUAGUUUGAAUUGGCUCAAUGGAUAGGGGUAAAUUGUGGUGAAUCCACAGUAGGGGGAAUGAUUUUCUUGCCAAUUGAUGAACAUUUGAGCCUUUUGAUCGGAGAAAUGGAUCGUGUCGUUUUGAAUUAUUGUCUAUUGAUGCGAGUGCAGUAUCCCCUCUUUCGCAUCAUCAUACCAUGCACGCAAGGAACAAAUUUUUACUUGAAUGUGAUUAGUUUCUUUAUAUUGGCCAAGGUAGGCUAGGGGAAGGUGUGUGUCAAAUUUGUUGCUUUAUGGUGAGAUAGGAUUAUAUUCAUAUGUAUGUUUG